AUGAACUCAACAAAUCCAGCAAGUGUUUUAGGUUUUGGUACGUGGAAGCAGAUUGUAGACAAAUUCUUAUACUGUGCUAGAUAUUCAAAGCAAACAGGAGGUUCGAAGAAAAUUAAAGAAGCAAAACUUCCACCGCACACUCAUACAGGAACUACAAACACAACAGGUAAUCAUUCACAUUCAAUAACAAAAAGAGGUUAUACAAAUCUUGCAGCAGGUUCGGAUAGACAGGGAAUGAAUAGAUAUGAUAUUUCAACUGACCCAGUAGAUUCAAACGCAGGUAUUUUCUGUGGAACCACAGGAAAUCAUUCACACACUUUCACAACAAAUCCAACGGGUUCGGGUGCAGAUUACAUGCCACCAUUUGUGACUAUAUUCGCAUGGUUCAGAGCUGCUUAA